AUGUCUCUUUCAAGCUUUCGAGAUGUUCCCGAAAUACUUGGUUUUCACUGUGGAGCUCUUAGUUCUGCUAUCUUGCAGAGAUCAGAAGACAGAAUGCUACAAAUUCUAGCCAACUUCCCGGAUAGUGCAUAUGAGCGGAAUACCAUGGGUCAGACUCCACUACAUCUAUCUUCUGAUUGGCCAAUUGGAAUAUCUCAUCUCUUGCGUAUAGGCGGUCACAGUUUCGUCAACAAACAAGACUGCAUGGGAUAUAUUCCUGUCGCUUAUGCUUUGUACUCAAAGUGUUUGCCAGCUGUCCAAUUACUCCUAAAUGCCGACAGCCCGCUACAUUCUUUCCGCGCAGUUACGAACAAUGAUACAUUGAAAGAUAUUUUAUUUUUUCGUGCCGAGGACGUUUUCCUUGACGCAUUGCGCUCGAGCUUAAAGGAAGUUAUAAGUUGCAUGAUAAAUUCUCUCGUUGAUCGCAGAAAUCGACUCUGCCAAUCAGCCUUUCAGAGCUUGCAAACCUCAAAAGCGGAUAGACUUCCAAUCUCAGGUGAUCAAGUAUUGGAUCUUCACGCAAGCUCUACCUGCGCUCUUCUGAAGGUAUUUGGAGUUGAUAUACCUCCAGCUUUACAGGUCCCCGAGGAAUACGAGUUAACAUAUCAUUUACUAUUCGUGUACGAUAUAUACCUCCGAGAAUAUGCAAUGCCAAGAGUUGAGAUAGCAGAAAUGUUUUACAACGCUGGAUUUCGUGAGAUAGAAGAGUACCAUUGUUUUGAUUCCAAGAGAACCUUGUUGAUGUUAACAUGA